CCUACAUUGUCGCGCUGUAGUUUUAUUAGUUUGCUUCAGUCCUGGCCAGUCGGCCUCUUUACGCUUGACUCGCCCGAGCAUCCCAAGCCUGGACAAGAUGCGUCUCGCCCGACGUGUGGUGGCCAUUGCGGCCGCCGCGCUCUGCCUGGCCGCUGUGGCAUCUGCGACUGUUAUUGACGACCCCGCCCUCGGGCCCCCCAGCUACAUCGGCUCUGACGGCUACCGCUACGUGCUGCAGACGGGCCUCAUCGGCGACAUGCGCACGUGGCAGGACGCGCAGUCGUACUGCGACGGCGUGUCCCAGGCCGGCCACGUGUCCGUGCUCAGCCCCUACCGCAACCCGGCCGUGGGAGACUCCGUCGCCGCCAUCAACGCCCUGUGUGUGGCCCGCCGCAAGACGUGCUGGCUGAUGGAGAACACAACCACCGGCGCCCCCGAUGAGAAGCUGUGCCCGCUGGUCACCGCCGCCGGAGACACCGUCUACCAGGGCUGCCUGCAGGUCGUGUCCUUCGUGUGCCGCUCGCUGGUGCCCGUCGUCACGCCCACCGUGCCAUCGCCCUCGCCCUCGCCCACGCCCUCGCCCGCCGACGGCUCCUCUCCCACCCCCGCUCCCGUUCCCACCCCCACCUACGGCGGCGCUGGCUCUGACAACAGCGGCGGUGUGACUGACGGCGUGCCCAACGGCCCCGCCCGCCAGAAGACGUACAACGGCAAGGACGGCCGCACCUACACUCUUUUCUUCCUGGGCGCCGUACGGCCGUACACUGACGCGGCCGCGUACUGCGCCGCCGCCGGUCUGGAGCUGUCGCCGUACAACGUGGACAGCCUGUACGCGGGCGACGCCGCCUUUGCCGUGAAGCUGCUGUGCGCGCGCUCCACCUCCACCACCUGCUGGCUGGGCGAGGCGCCGCAGAGCGGGCUGUGCCCCAUGCUGGACGCGCUGGGAGACAUGCACUACCAGGGCUGCGAGCAGCCUCUGGCGUUUGUGUGCCGCACCAUCCAGUCCCAGUCCGACAGCUCCGCCCCCGGCGACGCCAACCCCUCCGCUGGCAGCCUGGCCCCCGUGGUGGAGGCCAGCCGCCUGGGCGCCGACGGCCGCCAUUACACGCUGUACUCGGGGCCCGCACUGGCCCGCCGCUUCCACCGCGGCGCGCUGGACUACUGCACCUCCAUUGGCCAGGAGCUGAGCCCCUACGACGACAUCGACCCCGCCAACCCCACCUACUUUGGGGACGCGCGCGCCUCCAUCACCGACCUGUGCGGCAGCCGCAAGCUGACCUGCUGGUACCUGGGCAUCAGCGUGGGCGGCCUGUGCAACAUCUACAGCGGCGCCGACGACCGCGGCUACCUGCAGGGCUGCAGCCAGCGCGUCAGCUGGGUGUGCCGCACACGCGACGCCAUCGCGCCCGCCACACCCAGCCCCAGCCCCUCCCCUUCUCCUUCUCCCUCUCCGUCGCCCUCUCCUGACACGGACGAUGACGGCCCCAUCCCCGUGCUUCCUGCCAACGUGAGCACCUACACCGGCCCCAACGACGGCCGCCUGUACCGCCUGUACGCGGGAGACUUCCGCCGCAACUUCACCGACGCCCAGUCCUUCUGCCUGGCCGCCGGCGCCUCGCUCAGCCCCUACAACCGAGCCAGCCCCGUGGGCGACAGCGUGCGGGCGGUGCGCACACUGUGCGGCGGCGCGCGCACGACGUGCUGGGUGAACGAGCGCGUGGUGACGGAUGAGCAGAGCAACAGCUUCUGCCCCAUGGUGUCGCAGGAGGUCAAGGCCUACUGGCAGGGGUGCGGCCAGCUCAUCCACUUUGUGUGCCGCUUCCCGCCCGGCGCCGUGGCGCGCUAGGCGCACCUUUAUUUAGGAAACCCAAAUUAGGGGUUGUGGUUUAGGGUUGUGCGUGUGUACGUGUGUGAGCUGGUGGUGAAACUCCGGGUUAAAAUUGCUGUGAUGUGAUGUCAAAGCCCAUGCUAUGAACAAUGAAGCUUGGAUUUUGCAGGGAAUGCUUGUUUAAACCAGACUUUGCAGGAUGGCUGGGGCAGCCGUGCACGAGGGGCGUGGGUAGAUGCUGAAGGAGGGAUAGCGCUGUCCUUGCGCGUGUGUAAGCCUUGCCUGCGGGGUGACACGCACGUGCCAGGGCAUGCCCCGCCGUAGACCUGCCUGGAUUUGCCGGAUGGAGCAUCUUUUAGAAUUUUGACCAGAUUAGCUUAUUGUUUGGCUGGGCUCCGAAUGUGUUGGUGGACAGGGUAUGCAGCAUGUACUGUUCUGGCGGUGUAAUUGCUGAAGCAAGACGGUGCCAACUGUAAACGAGGGAUGAA